AUGGCGAGUACAAGGGCUACAAAAUCAGGUUUUGCCGCCGAAGCUCAAAGAAAGGUGAAUGCAAAAUACAGCGAAGCAUUGGCUCAAGAAUGUUUAGAAUGGAUAAAAAUGAUAACGAGUGAAAAUAUCGACGUUUCCGGAGACAUGGAUAAUUUUUUCGAAACUUUAAAAGACGGAACGCUACUUUGCAGAUUGGUCAAUUCUAUAGAACCGGGAUCGGUGAAAAAAAUAAACGAAGGAAAAUUAGCGUUUAAAUGUAUGGAAAACAUAAACAACUUUUUGGAAACGGCACGAAAAAUGGGCGUACCUGAACAAGAAACAUUUCAAACGGUCGAUUUGUGGGAAAGGCAAAACCUUAAUUCCGUCGUUACCUGUUUGCAAUCUUUAGGAAGAAAGAUGGGUAAAUAUGGGAAACCGACGAUAGGACCAAAAGAAGCUGAAAAGAACGAACGUCAUUUCACCGAAGAACAAUUAAAAGCGGGUAAUUCAAUAAUAAGCCUUCAAUAUGGUAGCAACAAAGGUGCCACUCAAAGCGGAAUCAAUUUUGGAAACACAAGACACAUGUAA